AGCACUUAGAAAGCCUUACCCUAGUUGACCGACGUCAUCACUGUCGGAGCCUCGGCCGAAUCCACCGGAAAUACGCCGGAAUCGUCGACAUCACGAGCGCUUCUCCAACUCCUCCUCUCCUAGCCGCGAAUUAGUGCCCCCAAGAGAGAGAGAGAGAGAGAGAGAGUUCAGUUUCACUACAGAAGGUUGGAGAUGCCAGCAAUGGCGCAGGGAGAGCUCAAUAGCCCCGCCCAAAGCCGCAAACCUAAUCCCAAGUCUCCGAUUCACUCUUUUGCCAGGAGGCAAAAGAUCGCGGAACAUAGAAAGUCUCUUCCAAUUGCUUCAGUGGAGAAAAGGCUGAUUGAGGAGGUCAAGAAGAACGAUAUUCUGAUUAUUGUUGGUGAAACCGGAAGCGGCAAAACAACUCAGUUGCCUCAGUUCCUAUACAAUGGUGGGUUCUGUCGGGAGGGAAAGGUGAUAGGGGUAACACAACCGAGACGUGUGGCUGCUGUCACGGUUGCUAAGAGGGUAGCUGAAGAAUGUGGUGUCGAGUUAGGGCAAAAGGUCGGAUAUUCCAUCAGGUUCGAUGACACAACUUCCAGUUCAACAAGGAUCAAGUACAUGACUGAUGGACUAUUGUUGAGGGAAGCGCUGUUGGAUCCUUGCCUUUCGAGAUACUCGGUCAUUGUUGUUGAUGAAGCCCAUGAGAGGACUGUUCAUACUGACGUUUUGCUAGCCUUGCUGAAAAAGGUGCACCGGGCAAGGUCAAAGCCUGCAAAUGAGAAUGGAAACGAGAGAGACGGACAGAAAAACGAUGUAUUAAAGGGGUGUCAAGGCAGGAAACUAUCUCCUUUGAAGCUGAUCGUUAUGUCUGCCAGUUUGGAUGCACGUGUUUUCUCCGCCUAUUUCGGAGGUGCCAGAGCUGUUCAUGUCCAAGGUCGACAGUUCCCUGUUGACAUACUCUAUACCAUUCAUCCCGAAUCAGAUUAUAUAGAUGCAGCCUUGGUCACCAUAUUUCAGAUCCAUUUGGAGGAGGGUCCAGGUGAUAUACUCGUUUUCUUCACCGGGCAAGAAGAGAUUGAAUCCGUUGAGAGGCUUGUCCAAGAAAGACUUCAGCAUUUACCCGAAGCCAACCGGAAGCUACUGGCAGUUCCCAUCUUUUCCGCUCUGCCAUCGGAGCAGCAGAUGCGAGCUUUUGCCCCGGCUCCGGAAGGGUUUCGUAAGGCUAUUUUGGCUACGAAUAUCGCCGAGACUUCUGUUACGAUUCCUGGAAUCAAGUACGUGAUAGACCCCGGGUUUGUAAAAGCACGGAACUAUGAUCCAACCAAAGGGAUGGAAUCAUUAGUUGUUGUUCCGACAUCAAAAGCACAAGCUCUACAAAGGAGUGGACGUGCUGGACGUGAGGGACCUGGGAAGUGCUUCCGUCUAUAUCCGGAGCGAGAAUUUGAAAAGCUGGAGAAUUCAACCAAGCCGGAAAUCAAGCGGUGCAAUCUCUCUAAUGUGAUUUUGCAGCUUAAGGCUCUGGGUAUUGAUGAUAUCAUCGGGUUUGAUUUCAUAGAUAAGCCUUCAAGGUCGGCGAUUGAAAAAUCAUUGGAACAGCUGUGGUUGCUGGGCGCGUUGACACGUGAUUGUAAAUUGGAGGAUCCGGUUGGACACCAGAUGGCACGGCUACCAUUGGAUCCUAUUUAUUCGAAAGCUUUAAUCAUGGCUAACCAAUUCAAUUGCCUCGAAGAAAUGCUGAUCACUGUAGCAAUGCUGUCUGUUGAAUCAAUAUUCUAUGACCCUCGUGAUCGAAAAGACGAGGCGAGAACAGCGAUGAAGCAUUUUACCAACAUCGAGGGAGACCACCUAACUUAUGUGAACGUCUAUCGAGAAUCCAACGAGCUUUUGGAGAAGAGAAAGAAGGCGGACAGUGGUGUGACCAAAACCGACAAAGUUUUGAAGAAAUGGUGUAAGGAAAACUUUGUGAAUAACAGAUCUUUGAACCACGCUCGAGAUGUUUUCAGGCAAAUCCGGGGGCAUGUCGAGCAGAUGGGUUUUCACGUGUCGUCCUGCGGAGACGAUACACUCGAGUUUCGCAGGUGUCUUACCGCAUCGUUUUUCCUCAACGCUGCCUUGAGACAACCCGACGGUACAUACAGGGCAUUGGCGAGUGGCGAAACGGUCCAUAUCCACCCAACGUCGGUACUGUUCAGGGGAAAGCCAGAGUGUGUAAUCUUCAACGAGCUGAUGCAAACCAGCAAGAAGUACAUCCGGAACAUAACGAGAAUAGAUUCCUCGUGGUUGAUCGAGCUCGCUCCCCAUUAUUACUCCUCGAACCCGUGAAUCCUUUUGUCACGUCCGUUCUAUCGCAAUCGAGACUUGAAAGCCAGAGCCAGAGCCAGAGCCAGAGCCAUGAACUGGUUUUACUUGUUGGGUCCUCUCUCUUGUGCAGACAAGAGGUUUUGUUUCUUCUGUUGAGGCAUGGAAUUAAAACAUGUUCAGUAAGAGGGGAGCUCAGGUCGGGUACCCGGAUUUUGUAGUAAUUAGUCCCAGGUUUCGGGGUAUUAUCUCGAUUCCGAUCUUGGAUACCUGCGGUGCGGGUACCUGUAGCUGUAGCUGAAGUCGGAUCCCCGUGUUGACUCUUUGACUUUAGGAGGGGUUUUUUGGUAAUUUGGUAUAUAAACGUUGUGUUAAUUUUAUCGGCGUAUAAUUGUUGUGGUUCGGAAGAAUCUGAAUCUGAAUCCGCCAAUUAAAGAAUAUUUUUUUGUUACUAAAUA